AGCCGCCGCUUCGUGUCGUGUCGACGCGACGCCUCCUCCCCCUCCUCCUCGUCUCGGUGCGCGCGGGGAAGAGGAGGACGACGACGAGAGCGAGCUCGCAAUCUCCUCCUCCUCCUAGGGUUCGCCGGGCGGCUGCGCCUUCUCCGGAUUUCGAGCGGGUUGGAUUUCUGGGAGUCUGUUUGUUUUUUUCUGUGGUGGUGGUGGGGUUGAGGGGGGGAGAUGGCGGGGGGAAAGAAGCGGAAGGCGGAGGCGGCGCGGCUGGAGGAGACGGACAGGGCGCUGUACGGCGCGUUCCGUGGGGCGGCCAACUCGCUGUCCCAGCUCUACACGCUCGCCAUGGGCGGCCAGAAGCUCUCCUUCCAGGCCGGCGAGCGCCACGCCAUGGAAAAGCUCUAUGAAUGGAUCUUGAGGCAGCAUGAAAAUGGCUUGAGACUGACAGUUGCUGAUAUAGCUUCCCACAUCCAGCACGAGAUUCAGUAUGGAAGUGACAAUGCAUCAGCCUCUCCAAGAUCGCAGCAUGCGAGCCAAAGCACUCAAGCUACAGUGCAUAUCCCCAACACAAUGAACCAGCAACCAUCCCCAAGCUUAUUUGCUCUAGGAAAUACAGGAUUGGUGCAGUCCAAGAACUCAGCGGUCUUUUCAAGUGCAUUGUCAAGCCCUGUUCGCCGGAGCCUGCAACCAUUCCACCUGGAACAGGGUGGGGAUGCAGGAUACUUCGCGAAUGGCGUUAACCGUGAUCAGAACUCCACAGCUUCGAAUGAUUCAUCCAUGGAUAUGCACUCAGAUAGCCCAGCUCAUGACUCUUACUGAGCUGUUUGCUCCCGGUACUCCGGUGGAGCUGGAAGAGCAACACCUUCCAGUGGAGCAGAUGUGCCUGCUACCACAACUCAAGUAGGAUUAUUCAAUUUAACCCUCUCUGUAGUCUCCAAUGCUAAGCUUGUAUUCUGUUGCUGCUAAUUAUCAGUUACCACUCAUUACAUUGCGAAGAUAUUGUAAUCUGCAUGUAUUUAUGUCCAGAGUAAAACUGUACUUGAUUUACCUGUGCAUACUACUGCUGGUAUGUGGUGAAAGUGUAGGAUUCAAAAGAAUAAACGGUAUUGUAAUGUUGUUCCCCCUCCUA